AUGGGCUUUAUCGAGUUACGUGCCAACCGGGCCGGCCUAAUCAGCGACGCCGAUCGAUUCUUUGUCGCGCCGCGGGCCGCCCGCCGCCAAUUGGGUCAUCGGUACGCGCGACGCGGUACGUACCGGCCAGACGGAAACCCGUCGAAUUUUCGGAGGUCCGACGAAAAAAAAAACACGCGCGACCGGUCCACCGCGCCCCGUCCGUCUCCGUCGCACUCGCCGACGACCCGCAUACGACCGCCCCGCUCUCACGCAGCUCGAAGGACCGGUCCGGACGAGUCCUUGACUUUGGCGAGGGGCAAAAAAAAUUCCGAUGCACUCGGCCCGCAGCGCGGCGAUCUCGCCCUUAUAUUGGCUUCAAUCGCGGUUAAAAUAUGCCUUGCUUACACAACUGCAUCCAUAUGCCUUGUAACGGCGGUGAUCACAUCCAUAGACCGUUCACAUCGACGGCAAUCCCACGCGUGGGUUGCCGAGACCGUCUACCGCCCACGCCACAUGUCGCUUCCCGUCGCGCGAGUGUCACCGCGGUCUGUGACGGUGACCUCAGCCCCGGUGGAGGCUCAAUUGGCGCCCAAGGUCUGGUCGGGAGCGCGUGCCGACCUAAUUCACGAGGCCGAAACUAUCCCGCGCGUAAAACCGUCUCAAGUA